GACGCUUUUAGCUGUAGUACUUCCUUUUAUGUACGGGCUCGGGAAAAUAACAUCAAGAAACCCGAGUUACGCUUGGAAAUACAUUACUCAAACAUUCAGACAGCCGUAUCAAUCUAAUUUCACUACAUUCGAUUUUGUAAAACACAAGCUUCAACAUGCCCCAGAACGAGCACAUUGAGUUACAUCGCAAAAGGCAUGGCUAUCGGCUGGACCACCAUGAGAAAAAGAGGAAGAAGGAGAGUCGAGAGGCCCACGACCGCUCACACAAGGCCAGAAAGAUGAUUGGCCUGAAAGCCAAGCUUUACCAUAAGCAGAGGCAUGCCGAGAAAAUCCAGAUGAAAAAGACCAUCAAAAUGCAUGAACAACGGAAAACUAAACAGAAAAAUGACGAAAAGACCCCACAGGGAGCUGUACCAGCCUAUCUGCUGGACAGAGAGGGCCAGUCACGGGCCAAGGUGCUCUCCAACAUGAUCAAGCAGAAGAGGAAAGAGAAGGCUGGUAAGUGGGAAGUCCCACUGCCCAAGGUGCGAGCUCAGGGGGAGACAGAGGUCUUCAAGGUCAUCCGCACAGGGAAGAGGCAGAAGAAGGCGUGGAAGAGGAUGGUGACGAAAGUCUGCUUUGUCGGAGAUGGAUUUACUCGCAAGCCGCCAAAAUACGAAAGAUUUAUAAGACCCAUGGGUUUGCGUUUCAAAAAGGCACACGUGACACAUCCAGAGCUGAAGGCCACAUUUUGCUUGCCCAUCCUGGGUGUGAAGAAGAACCCGUCCUCUCCUCUGUACACAUUGCUCGGAGUGAUCACAAAAGGCACGGUCCUGGAGGUCAAUGUCAGCGAGCUCGGUCUGGUCACACAGGGCGGGAAGGUCAUCUGGGGUAAAUAUGCACAAGUGACCAACAACCCAGAAAAUGACGGCUGCAUUAAUGCAGUUUUGCUUGUAUAAUAAACUCAUGUUGAGCUGUAAUGGAGCCCAGGACAGGGGCUUAAAUGGAGCAGGACUAAUUACUCACAGCAAGCAUUCAGUCUAUUUAAUUGUAUAGGCCAACAUGCUGUAUGUACCUUUGAAGACGGCUGGUGGAAAAUAAAGGUUUUUCAGAUGAA